CUAUGCAUUUUUAUUUUUAUUUUAUUAUAGAUACCUAAUAUAUUGAAUCUAUGGCUCCUCUGUUCUCUAAGGAGAAGAGAGAAUACCAUUUUAAAAGAAAUCAUGUACUUUUUCAAAAGAUCAUUUACUGUUGCUGCCUUGAAAAGAACAACAAAUGCAUUCCAGUUAAUAAAAAUUUGGAAGGUCUGGUUCAAGUUUUCUGUAAGCCUGAGUUUUCACUUAAAGUAUUUGCCUACCCUACAGGAUUAUGCCCAGGUUGCAAGAAAAACUUAUAUCUCCGUAAGUCUGGUAAAACUAUUGCAGACACAGUUACUUUAAAAUGGAAAAAUUCUGAUUUUUCUAGCUUGCAAACCUCUAGAGAUUGCUCGAUAUUAUGCAGUAUAUUCAGUCAAGGAAGAAAUAGAUUAUUAAAUAAAAUUAUGAAAAAGGGAACUAGCUCAACACUGAAAUUUUGCCAAAUAUGUUUCUGUGAAAUUGCUAAAGGUAAACCCCACAAAUGUUCCCCUUUAAAGAGUAGCACAAAUCUUUCUGAGAGUAUUUCUAAAAUUUCUAUAAAAGUAAAAGAACAAGUAGCUUCUUCCCUUCUAAAAAAAAUUUAUUCUGAUCAAGAACAAAGUCUAGGAGCUCAAGCCGUUCUCAGAACAGGAGGUAAAAGUAUUCAUAUUACACUCGGUACUCGAGAAAGUGACCAGAGAAAGAUUCUUUAUAAUGAAGUAGAAGUUUUAGUAAAUACCUUAGGACUUAGUCAAUUGAAGUCAAAUGAAAUGUUAAAAACUUUGAGGAGAUGCGGUGUAAAGUUUGAGUCAAACAUGGAGAAAGCCCUGGAUGAAAAAAGUAAACUACUUUCCAACUUUUAUGUCACUGAAUUAUUAGACUUUCAAGAAAAGGAAAAAGAUAAUGACUAUGCUACAGUGAAGAGACACUUAGUAUAUAUUGAAGAUAUUACAACAUUUCUGGAUUUUGUAAUGAAAUAUCGAGGGCAGGUUCCACAAAACACAUUUGUGAAGGUUGGAAUAGAUUCAGGUGAAGGAUCACUAAAAGUUAUAGUAAUUCUGUUUGAUCCAACUAAGGAUAGGACAGAAGAUAGCAGCUCCUUAGGAACAUACUCAGGAGCAAGUUUGUCCACACAUAGAAUAAAUUUUUCAGAAAACUAUAGAAAAAAUAGAUAA